GCGAGCUGCCGGCCCAUCGUCAUGACGUCAGUAUGGCAGGAAGUCUCCUCCAUCUCUACGACGUCCAGUACGAGGACGAGGGUGUGUACGAGUGCGAGGCCGACAACUCCAAAGGCAAAGACUGGCACAAAACGCACCUGUAUGUGGAGGGAGCUCCUGAAUGGGUGGAAAAGAUCAGCAGCUCGGAGAGAGACAUCGGAGGAGAUUACAUCAUGUCCUGUAUAACCACCGGGAAACCCAAACCCCACGUGCACUUCCUGAAGAACGGACGAAUGUACGGCAAGAACCACGAGUUACGCUUCACGGACCUGACGUUUGACGAUUCGGGCAUGUAUCAGUGUAUCGCUGAGAACCGUCACGGCGUGAUCUACGCCAACGCCGAGCUCAGGGUGUUCGCCGGCGCUCCUUCAUUCGAGAGGAACCCUGUGAAACCCAAACUCCUGGGGGCCAAAAACGGCCGUGUGGUGUUCGACUGCAAACCCAGAGCGGCGCCGCGGCCCACCAUCUCCUGGAGCAAAGGAACCGAGCUCCUGCACAACUCCAGCAGGCUCUUCAUUUGGCCGGACGGGAGUUUAGAGCUGCUCAACAUCACUAAAUCAGACGAAGGCAGAUACACGUGCUUCGCAGAAAACGACCGAGGCCGAGCGAACAGCACCGGAUCGCUGUUAGUCACGGACGCCACCAAGAUCACACUGGCCCCGUCGAACGCUGACAUCAAUGCGGGCGACAGCUCCAGGAUGGAGUGUGCUGCGUCACAUGACCCGACCCUUGACCUCACCUUUAUCUGGUCCCUCGACGAGCACGUCAUCGACUUCGACAGUGACCGAGAGCAUUUCGAGCACAAGAUGGAUGUUAAUCAGGCCGGUCAGGCCGGGACGUCCAGCUCAGAGCUGCUGAUCAGUAACGCACAGCUGAGACACGCGGGACGAUACGCCUGUACGGCUCAGACGCCGGUGGACAACGUCACGGCCGCCGCAGAGCUGGUGGUGCGAGGUCCUCCAGGUCCUCCCGGCGGCGUGCGUGUGGACGAGGUGACGUCCAGCAGCGUGAGGGUGAUGUGGAGUCACGGGACAGAUAACCUGAGCCCCAUCUCCAAAUACAGCGUCCAGUACAGAGACGUGCGCGAGCAGCAGGACUGGAGAGACGCGUCCACCUCUCCAGUCAAUGUGGAGGGAAAUGCAGAAAUGGCCACCGUGAUCAACCUGAUGCCCUGGACGGAGUAUGAGUUCAGAGUCACGGCCACCAACACGCUGGGAACCGGCCCGCCGAGCGACCCUUCACCCCGAAUCACCACCAGAGAAGCCCGGCCUGUCGUGGCUCCGUCUGACAUCGGCGGAGGAGGCGGAGCCAGUCGGGAGCUCACCAUCACAUGGACGCCGGUCCAGUCGCAGUACUACUACGGCAGUAACUUCGGCUACAUCAUCGCCUUCAAGCCUGAGAACGACUCCGAGUGGCUGCGAGUGACGGUCACCGACCCACAGGCCCGGAAGUACGUCCACAAAGACCCCAAAAUCCCUCCGUCCACCAGGUUCGAGGUGAAGAUGAAGGCCUUCAACAGUCAGGGCGAGGGUCCGUUCAGCCUCAGCGCCUUCAUCUACUCGGCGCAGGACGUGCCUGCGGACGCGCCCACCAUCGCCGAGACUCGAGCGCUGUCGGCCACUGAAGCCGUGGUGACGUGGGUGCCGGUGGCGCUGCAGAGCGUGGAGGGUUACCAGGUCCGGUACUGGAGGGAGACGCUGGAGAACGAGGCGUCGGCGCAGCGGGUUCUGGUGCCGAGUCGAGAGAACCACACGCGUCUGGACAACAUGAAGGCCGACUCGCAUUACCUGAUCGAGGUGCGGGCGUACAACGGCGCCGGGUACGGACCUGCCAGCCAGAGACACAGGAUCCACACCAAGAAAGCCCCUCCGAGUCGGCCUCCUAAGAUCACCGGCACAAAGAUGCACUACAGCGGCACGUCCAUCAACAUCGCCUGGGAGAAGGUGCAGUCGCUGGCCAACGAGUCGACGGUGGCCGGAUAUAAGGUCCUGUACCGGAAGGAGGGGCAGCCCAGCGGGACGCUCUACACCACAGAAAAGCAGUCCAUCGAUCUGCCCCUGAUGAAGGACGAUUACCUGGUGGAGGUGCGAGCACACAGCGAGGGUGGAGACGGGGCCGUCGCUCAAGUGCGCAUCGCAGAACUUAUCCAUUCGUAUUCCCCUGUGACAACGCUCAGAUCUUCCACCCAGAUGAUAUUAAAUGUUCCAAAAUCCCGACUUAAAUCCAAAGGUGCGGCAGGAGCUCUGGCGUCUUCGUCUCUCGGCCUCUUCUCGCUGCUCCUCGUGGCUCUGCUGAGUUUGAUCCUCUGAAUGUAGAUUCAUCCUGAUUCAAUGAAGCUGAACUCUCACGGAUGAAACGCGCUCAUAUUCCUGAGUCCGUCCGGACUGAAGGUUCAGGACAGAGCGUGUGUUCAAUGUCAGUUCAAUAUGCCUUACAACAUCUCAUCUCUGAUUGGUCCAGCGGGAGCUGCCACAGGAAGUGCUGCUGCGAGACUUCCUGUGAGGUUCAGCGGGGACGGAUCAGCGUUUGAGCGUCUCAUGUUUGUCUUCAUGUCGUCGUCAGAUCAGUGGCUUUCUCUUAUUUCUGUGACGGAUACAGUCAAAGCAAAGCAACAAUUCAUUCACUUUUACUGGUUUAUUAUAUAUGCAAUAAUUUAUAUAGAUAUUGGUCUAUUCGAUAUUGUAUCUGUUUUUAUAUUAGCAUAUCUCUAGAUUUUUUAAUUAGGACUAUAAUUUCUGCAUUGGAGCGUCAGCGGCUGAAUGAGACGGACGUUUGUGCUUGUUUUCAAUCUAAUGAAAUAUGAUCAGCUGAUGUAAACGAAUGCGUGUGUGUGAAUCAGAUGAAUAUAAUGAUCAUGUGAUGAUUUAUAAUUGAUUCAUUAGCACUGAUUCUUGAGCACAAACGCUUGUUUUGACUGUAUCGCUCUGUCGUUCGCAGGUGAUUCGUGAUGAAUGUCAUUGAACUGCGUUUUAUUUUCAUAAUAAUGUUUGUAACGGUCGCUAACUUUAAUGAACAUCAGUCUGUUUAUAUUCAAACAAAAACUGAUUCAUUCCAGUCCUGAAUCAUUCGCUCUGGAGCGUUUGCUGAAAUAUAUGAUUUGUGUUGGAGUCAUCAUCUGAUGAUAGAGUGUAUUUUGUGUUCUGAUCAGGAGAAACGCUGCGGUUUCACUCGUAUCAGGAUCAGAAGCGUCUUGUUUUUCAUGAAGCAGUGGUUUCAAGUGUUUCUCCUGGUUGAAGUGCUUUUGCUCCUGAUCUGCGUCUGCGUGAGAGAGUUUUGCCAAAUGCAUGGAUGCCUUGAGCUUUAGCGGCCUGCAGUUACUCAGAGGCCAGAUGCAUGAUGGGAUUGAAUGGACUGAUCUUCAUACUCAUUGGUUCAGUUCAAGCACAGGUCAGACUCUUUAACUAGACUAACCUGUCAGUGAUUACCUGCUUCAUUCAAUUAAACUUUAUAGAGACCAAACAAA